AUGGCCGUCACUUCUAUCUCGGCUCCGGUCGACUGCACCCUCCCCUCUAGCGCCAGUAGCUCUAUCACAAAACCCAUCAAGCCAGUGACCAAACCUUGUUUUGGAUGCGAUUGUGGCGAUGAAGAGUGCGAUUGCUGUAUCUGUACAGUGAUGUGA